AUGUUACGGUUAGGGUUAUCAGACAUAGUUACGGUGCAGUACCCUGUCGCAAACAAGGUCUUCGUGGAUGCCCUUGUGGAGAAGAAACACCAGGAAACCUCGUCCUUCCACCUGCCUGUCAGAGAGAUGACCAUCACUCUGGAUGAUGUGUCAUGUCUCAUGCAUCUUCCUAUGAUAAGUAGGCCUUUUGAUCAUGUCCCUUCCAUCUUUAGUAAAGAGGUCAUGAAGUUUCUGCUCAUGACUCGCCUUGGCAUUUUGAUAGAGAAAAAGGCAAUAGAAGUGAGCAUUGCAGGUCCCAAGGUUGGGUUGGCUUGGCUGACAGACCUAUAUCACCAGUAUGUCCAAUUAGGAUCAUACGUGUGGGUUGCCACAACUUAUCUUUUGCACUUGGUCGAUAGUAUAAUAUUUGCUGACAAGUCCCCAACUCAUGUCUACAUCGCCUACCUCCUCUACCUAAGCAACCUAGAUGACUGA